CCCAUAGGUUGUUGUCCCCCAAACUCCCUUUUUUGUUGUUUCUCUCUCCUCUGCCGUCUGCCGUCUGCCCCAACAAGCAAGCAGUAGUAGUAGCAGACGAAGCAAUUUCUCCUGCGCGCAGGAAAAAUAAAAACAAGUAAAUUCCUUGCCAUACUAAAUUUAUUCACAAAAACUCUCGUGACUGCUUUCAAACUUUUUUAUUUUCUCUCUCUUCCGGCGACGAUUUCCCCACUAAAAAAGAUCCCUCAAUUCUCUCUCUAAUUUUGUCAAUUGCAUUUUGCAUUUCCCUCUCUCUGUCAAAGCUUCACGCUCUUCUUCUACCUCCACCUCCUGCUUCUGCAAUCUUAAUUGGGCUGGCAAGGAUCUUUCAGUGAGGUGAAGCUUGUGAAGCCUUCAAAUGUUUGGGAAUUGAUUGUGAAAUGACGAUGGAUAGAACAUCUGAUUUGUCCCAAAGUUCGAGAUACUCUUCCAUAAGCGCUAAUGGGAAUGGAUCUCCUUCCCACUCAGGUGCCUUCUCCAACGUAGAUGAUUAUGACAGUGAUGGUGCAUCAAACUUUGCUCCACCUACACCAAUGACCCUGUCAAUGUCCAUUCCAGCUGAACUUGCAGGGGCAAUUCCCUUAAUCAAUAAAUUUCAGGUGGAGGGGUUUUUAAGAGCAAUGCAGAAACAGAUUCAGUCUUCCGGAAAACGUGGCUUUUUCUCUAAGAAACCCUCUGGUCCUCAAAGCAGGGAGAAGUUCACCUUCGAGGAUAUGCUAUGCUUUCAAAAGGAUCCAAUCCCAACUUCCUUGCUUAAAAUCAAUAGCGAUUCGGUGACUCGCGCUACAAAACUGUUCCAAACAAUAUUGAAGUACAUGGGAGUUGAUUCUUCAGAUAGAGUGACUCCAACAAGCUUAGAUGAAAGAAUUGAACUAAUUGGAAAAUUGUUUAAGCAUACGCUGAAGCGCUCUGAGCUCCGAGAUGAACUUUUUGUACAAAUCUCAAAGCAAACUAGGAAUAACCCAGACAGACAAUAUCUGAUCAAAGCAUGGGAGCUCAUCUACCUAUGUGCAUCUUCGAUGCCUCCAACCAAGGAAAUCGGUGCAUAUCUUUCCGAAUAUGUUCACAAUGUUGCAUAUGGUGUAAACAUGGACUCCGACAUUCAGAUGCUUGCUCAAAAUACAUUAAAUGCUUUAAAAGGUUCUACAAAGGCUGGACCUAGGCAUAUAAUUCCUGGACGAGAAGAGAUAGAAGCUCUUUUGACUGGUAAAAAACUUACUACAAUAGUGUUCUUCUUGGAUGAAACGUUCGAAGAGAUCACCUAUGACAUGUCAACAACUGUAGCAGAUGCGGUCGAGGAACUUGCAGGAAUCAUCAAACUCUCUGCUUAUUCUAGCUUCAGUUUGUUUGAGUUCCGCAAAGUUGUAGCAGGUUCUAAAUCAAAUGAUGCUGGAACUGAGGAGUAUAUUGGUUUAGAUGAAACCAAAUAUAUUGGCGAUCUGCUUGCGGAUUUCAAGGCAGCUAAAGAGCGUAGUAGAGGGGAAAUCUUGCACUGUAAAUUGGUUUUUAAGAAAAAGCUAUUUCGGGAGUCUGAUGAAGCUGUGACUGACCCAAUGUUUGUUCAGUUGUCAUAUGUUCAACUGCAACAUGAUUAUAUAAUGGGUAAUUAUCCUGUUGGAAGAGAUGAUGCUGCACAGUUGUCGGCUCUGCAGAUCUUGGUUGAGAUUGGAUUUGUUAGUCACCCUGAGUUGUGCACUGAUUGGACUUCACUUCUAGAGAGAUUCUUACCAAGACAAAUUGCAAUAACUCGUGGAAAGCAGGACUGGGAGGUGGAUAUUAUUUCUCGAUAUCUCUUGAUGGAUAAGUUGGCCAAGGAAGAUGCCAGGCAGCAGUUUUUAAGGAUCUUGAGAAUGCUUCCCUAUGGAAAUUCUGUCUUUUUUAGUGUUCGCAAGAUUGAUGAUCCCAUUGGCCUUCUACCAGGAAAGGUUAUUCUGGGAAUUAACAAGCGUGGGGUUCACUUUUUCCGACCAGUUCCUAAAGAGUAUUUGCACUCGGCCGAGCUAAGAGAUAUUAUGCAGUUUGGUAGCAGCAAUAUUGCAGUGUUUUUUAAAAUGAGGGUUGCUGGUGUUCUCCACAUCUUCCAAUUUGAGACAAAGCAGGGUGAAGAAAUAUGUGUUGCCCUUCAAACGCACAUUAAUGAUGUAAUGUUGCGCCGCUACUCCAAAGCAAGAGCUGGUGUCAACAAUGCAACAAGUGGAGAAGUUCCCAACAAUUCCAAGCCCCUUGCUCCUACUUUUACUGCAGAAGUUUAUGAGAAGCAACUUCAAGAUUUGUACAAAUCUGUUGAAGAAUCUCAAAAUCAAAUUGAUCAAUUGUUGGGAGAACUACAGGAAAAACAAAAGAUAGAGGAGAAUCUGCAGGAAGAGUUGGAUGCCUUGAAAGAGUCCUCAAAUACCGAGCAGCAGAAUUUGGAAAAGAUUAUAGAUGAACGUGACAGUCUGAGCUCUUUAUGUGAUGAAAAGGAUUCUGCUCUCCAGUCAGCAUUGUUGGAAAAAAAUAGCCUGGAAGUGAGAUUAGCGAAGCUCAAUGAUCAAUUAUCUGAGCAAAAUGCCAAGAGGGACUUUCCUGGAACAAAUAAUCAGGAUUUACAUAAGAUACAAGAUGAGUUGAGAGUGCGAAGUGAAGAAUUGCAUUCUGCUGAAAAAACAGUGAAGAGACUAAUAGAGGAGAAGUUAUCACUGGAACAAAAUAUUCGAAAGAUUGAAAGGAAACAUGCGGAAGAGAAUGGCAACGCAGGGAAAGAUUUUGAGAAAGAACGCCAAAACUUAAAGCUUCGAAUCUCCGAACUUGAAAAGAGGUUGGAGGGACUUAGACGCGAUUUAGAGAUGGCUGAAACAAAACUUGCAGCCAAGGAGUCAGAUUUGUCUGUCUUACAGAAUAGUUUAAAGGAGCUAGAAGAAUUGAGGGAAAUGAAAGCGGAUAUUGAUAGAAAGAAUGAGCAAACUGCAUCUAUCCUAAAGUUGCAAGCUGCACAACUUGCCGAAUUGGAAAUGUUAUAUAAAGAAGAACAAUCAUUAAGGAAGAGAUAUUUUAACACAAUUGAAGAUAUGAAAGGCAAGAUUCGAGUCUAUUGUCGUGUAAGGCCUUUAAGUGCUAAAGAAAAAGCUGAUAAAGACAAGAACAUCGUUAUCACUUCAGACGAGUUUACGAUUGAGCAUCCAUGGAAAGAAGAGAAAGCUAAGCAACAUAUCUAUGAUCAUGUUUUCGAUGGAAAUGCAACCCAAGAAGAUGUUUUUGAGGAUACUAGGUAUUUAGUGCAAUCUGCUGUUGAUGGAUUUAAUGUCUGCAUAUUUGCUUAUGGUCAAACUGGUUCCGGAAAGACAUAUACGAUUUACGGAACAGAAAGUGAUCCUGGACUUACACCACGUGCCACUUCGGAACUUUUUAAGGUUCUGAAAAGAGACAACAAGAAGUUCUCAUUUUCAUUAAAGGCCUACAUGUUGGAGUUAUAUCAAGAUACGUUAAUGGAUCUUCUAGUACAAAAAAAUGCAAAGCGGAUGAAACUAGAGAUCAAGAAAGAUUCUAAGGGAAUGGUAAAUGUUGAAAAUGUGACAGUUGUACAUGUCUCAACAUAUGAGGAUUUGAGAAGUGUUAUUCAGAAAGGAUCCGAGCAAAGACAUAUAUCAGGGACCCAAAUGAAUGAGCAAAGUUCGAGAUCUCAUCUUAUACUUUCGAUUAUCAUCGAAAGUACUAAUCUUCAAACGCAGUCGGUAGCUAGAGGAAAGUUAAGUUUUGUUGAUCUUGCUGGGUCUGAAAGAGUGAAGAAGUCCGGGUCAGCGGGUAGUCAACUUAAAGAAGCGCAAAGCAUCAACAAGUCACUUUCAGCUCUUGGAGAUGUUAUUAGUGCGUUAUCAACCGGCGGACAACAUAUACCUUACAGGAAUCACAAGCUUACAAUGUUGAUGAGUGAUUCACUUGGUGGCAACGCAAAGACUCUGAUGUUUGUAAAUGUCUCACCCGCUGAAUCAAAUUUGGAUGAGACUUACAAUUCACUAACGUAUGCAUCGAGAGUUCGAUCCAUUGUAAAUGAUCCUAACAAAAAUGUUGCCUCAAAAGAGGUAGCAAGAUUGAAGAAACUUGUUGGUUAUUGGAAAGAGCAAGCAGGUAGAAGAGGGGAUGACGAAGAUCUUGAGGAGAUCCAAGAUGAAAGGCCUCAACCAAGAGAUAGAUCAGAUGGCCGUCAUUCCAUGUAAGUUGUACAUGUUGUUACCUUGAAGAUAAUCAAGUGUUGAAUUUUCCUCCCUCGGCUGUGCUUUUGGAGUGCUUUGGGUUUCAUCUUUUGUGGCGGUCUGAGUCUGACCGAUGCCACUGAACCAUCUCAGUCUAGGUUCUCUGUACUCUGUACUUCAGUCUAUUCUACUGGCAAGGGAUGAUGGAUGAUCAUCAAACUGUAUAGGCAGAAAUAUGAAAUGUGUAUAUCUUUAUUUUUUUAUAUUUUUUUAUUUAAUUUCUAAUUUGUACCCUUUUACCUUUAAAAUGAUUAGAUCUUGGUUACAGUAGGGAAGCCUCAGCUUUCAGUUUCGAUGUUACUCAGAAAAUGUUUACAUUUAGGAUGAGUAGGAGCUUGGUUACACCUUUACUACCUGGCAAACCAAGGUUGUUCUUGUUUGUCUAUAUUCAGCUCUACUUUGAGGAUUUUCAUUCCUCGUUUUGAAA